AUGUCCACGAUCGGUGUCCCCAUCAAACUGCUUCAUGAAGCACAAGGUCAUAUUAUCACUUUGGAGUUGAAGACGGGUCAAUUGUACCGUGGCAAGUUACUCGCUGCCGAGGACAAUAUGAACAUUCAACUUAGAGAAAUCACGGUUACUGCACGCGAUGGACGUGUUUCGCAGCUCGAUCAAGUAUACAUUCGUGGAUCUACUGUACGCUUCUUCAUCGUGCCCGACAUGCUCAAGAAUGCACCCAUGUUUAAGCAAGUUGGACCUGGUGCUCUCAAGGGUCGUGGUAUUGGUUUGGGACGAGGGCGGGCAACGGUGGCUCGUGCCCAAGCACGAGGCAGAGGCCGUGGUGGUUUCCGUGGACGUCCACCCAUUCGUCGUUAA